AUGACAUUCCCUUAUAAGCACGUUCUCCUCAUCGGGGCUACAUCUGGAAUCGGUCUUGCAAUGGCUGAACGUCUCGUUCAAGAAUGUAAAGUCACCGUCGUCGGUCGUCGCAAGGAUCGACUUGAUGAGUUUGUAGCCAAGCAUGGCGAUAAAGCGAAAUCCAUCUCUUUCGAUAUCGGUGAUACUGAGAAAGCCUCUCUAUUUGCAGCUGACGUGAUUGAGAGCUCUCCUGAUAUCGAUUGCGUCUUCCUCAAUGCAGGAUAUCAACGCAAACAUGAUUUUUCUAAGCCUGAAAGUGUCGAUAUCAAGGGCUUCAACCAUGAGAUGCACGUGAACUUUACCAGCUUUGUGGUAUUAACUCAUGCUUUUCUUCCCACAACUACAAACCUGAGCAUGGUGCCAGCCGCAACUCUAGCAGGUUACUCUGCUUCCAAGGCAGCUCUCAGCGCAUUCAUUCUUUGCUUGAGGGAUGACCUUCGGGACACGUCAGUAAAGGUCAUCGAGUUAUCCCUCCUAUGGUUCAAAGUAGCCGAACUCCACGACUAUAUGGGACCCCACGGUCGUAACCUAGGUAUGCCCACCGGCGAAUUUACAGCCAAAGCAUACACCGGUCUAUGCAGCGGUGAAGACACCAUUCUCAUCGGAGAUUUAGCUUCUGCUGGUAGCAUCUUGGAUAUUGCUACCAAGAGACGGGAGUUGUUUGAGAUAUUAGCGAAGUUGAUCAGAAGUCAUUAG